UAACACAUGGGCUUAAAUCAUUGAAAAAUGUCACGUGAUGAGCAGGAAGUAAGGUAAGCGGAAGGAAGAAGUGCUGCUUUGGGCGGAGGUGGGUCUCUGACUAAUAUUUCAACGUUUGUAGAAAGCAGAUUUCAAGAUGCCAGCAUAUCACUCCCAGUUCACCAACCCACCCAAGCUGAUUGGGAACAUGGCCCUACUCCCACUGAGGACGACAUACAAGGGACCAGCACCCCGGGACACAUCCGAUAUGGACAUCAUAGAUGAAGCUAUUUACUUCUUCAAAGCAAAUAUUUUCUUCAGAAAUUAUGAAAUUAAGAGUGAGGCGGAUCGGACUCUUAUCUACAUCACACUCUACAUCAGCGAGUGUCUCAAGAAACUUCAGAAGUGCACCUCCAGGAACCAUGGAGAGAAGGAAAUGUACACCCUUGGGAUCUCCAACUUCCCCAUCCCAGGGGAGCCCAAGUUCCCCCUCAACGCCAUGUACACCAAGCCUGCCAACAGGGGAGAGGACGACACAAUGCGAGCCUACUUGCAACAGAUUCGCCAGGAGACGGGACUCCGGCUGUGUGAGAAGGUGUUUGAUGCUGCCACAGACAAACCAAGCAAGUGGUGGCUGUGCUUUGCCAAGAGGAAGUUUAUGGACAAGAGUCUAUCCGCUCCAGGAUACUAAGACAACAACCAGACUAUAAUAUGCCUUGACUAAUGUAUAUCUGCUGUCACUCAUUAUUGUCACUGCCUCUUCCACUGCAUCAGUUGCCAUGGCAACAUGCUUAAUCCUUAAUAGUCACAAUUACUUUAACCAAAUUAAGAAAAUAUAUCAUUGAAAGAAAAUUAUGGGAAAUAAUAUUAGGUUAUUUCAUGUGGUUUUAGAAGGAAAAUGUUUCUAUAUUAUAUAAACGAUCCAUGAAACGGUUAUUUAUGGGACUUGACAGAAGCAAGAACACAAGAUGGAAAUGUCUUUCAUUCCUUGCAUGUUUGUAUCAUACAUGAGGUGUUUAUGUCACAUUAAACAUUAUUUGUAAUGAA